AACAAAAAUAGAUACAGGUAUUUCCUAUUUUCCGUAGUAGACCUUAUGUGAGACUGAUAGGGAAGAAAAGGUUACGUUCAUGUUGAAGAAUGUCAGAAAAUGAAGAAUAUUUUAUCCUGCUCGUUAAGAAACUGGGCAAGAAGAAGGAGCGAGGGUUUGUGUCGUCACUAAAAUCGGGGUCCAAAGUUGAGUUAUUAGCUGGAACACUUCUCUGCUUAACAGAUAACUUCAAUAAAGGAGACAAAUUGAUCUUCCUUCUAGAGACUUUAGAUAGUGAAACAGUUGAAAUUCAGUGUAUUCCAGGAGAAAUAGAAACAGUCAACCUGGGAGCUUUUGAUCUGCUCAACCCAGUACCAACAUGUCAGGACAGACUUGCCGUUUACCAAGACAAGGAAUGGAUGAAAGAAGGCCUUGCGCUUAAAGAAGGCGAGCGAGUAUUAGUGAAACCAAAAGGAGAACAAACAGAAUUACCAGGCAUCCUUCGCUACAAAGGCAAAGUACCAAAUAUUAAAGGAAUCAUAUUUGGUGUGGAGUUAACUGAAAACCAAGGAAGUGGCACUAGCGAUGGCCAGUUUAGAAGAGAGCGGUACUUCACCUGUCCCCCAGAUUCUGCGGUCUUCUGUCCCAUACAUCGUAUUCAUAGACAAACUGUGGGUGGCAGUCGAGUUCCCCGACGGAUGGAGAAGGACCUGUACGCUGCUGCCUCCCACAUUCCCAGCCAGGACUACCCCAACUGUGGCCUGCGUCUCGGGGACAGGGUGGUGUGGAUGAGUGACCGGGGCCCAGAGUGUGGCACAGUCAAGUGGAUAGGAGUGCUGCCAGAGGAUCGCAAUGCAGAACUUACUGUUGGAGUGGAAUUUGACAACCCCGUGGGGUCAGGCACAGGAAAAUAUAAAGAGCACCGACUAUUUUAUGCACGACAAAAUCAUGCAUCACUUGUCCCUAUACUGGGCUUGUUAAAAGAAGAAGAAUUCUUCAGCCCAGGUUUCACUCAAGGGGAUUACGGUGAUGAGCGUAUUAAUGUUGUACACCUGGAUCCCCCACAUGCUGGUUCGUCAAGACAAAAACUACAUGACUAUAGCACAGAUAACGAUCAGGACAUCUCCUUGAGUAAACGUGAAUUUGAUGAUGUCCUCAAACAUGGGAAGAAAACCACAGAGGAAUUUAAAGAUAAUGUGAAGGGAAAUAACUUGGACUUGGUCAUGUUGGACAAGCCCCAUGACAUGAAGGUGUAUGGACUAGCAGGGGAGCCGGUGUCAGGCAAGAACCCGCUGUAUAACUCUAAAGAACACGUAGUAGAGGUUAACCAGUACGAUAAAUACCAUGAUACAUCGGUUGGUAAUAGUUCCAAGAGUUCCGAUAAGAUGGCGCCGACGCCUGACCCAGACCUGGGAGUGGACUCUGUAGUGGAGGUGUUGGGCAACCCACCUCUAUAUGGCGUCAUCCGGUGGAUUGGUUCACUCCCAGACAACCCCUGGAAAAAGAUUGCGGGGCUGGAGAUGGAGGAGGAGACGUCUGCUGGAACUGAUGGGACGUUUAAAGGCCGACGCCUGUUUGAUUGUGGACCUAAGAGAGCGUUGUUUGUUCCUUUGUAUAAAUGUCAUAAAGAUAAACGGUUCAAUGCAGCCAACAGGAGGAGCACAGACAGCACAUCAUUUGGAAUACUGGAGACCCCUGACAUAACUGGUGAUGUAUCACCACCGUCGUCACUAGAGACUGUGAGAAAACUGAUUGGUAAAAACAAGGGAAUUCAAGGACAUCAUAACUCGUGCUACUUGGAUGCCACCUUAUUUGCGAUGUUUUCUUUUACUACUGUGUUUGAUUCCAUAUUAUAUCGACAACAAACACCAGGAGACCUCGAGGCGUACGGUGAUGUGCAAAAAGUUCUCAAGGAAGGAAUUGUGAACCCACUGAGAAAACUGUAUUACGUGAGAGCUGACAAAGUGAUGGCAUUGAGGAAAUUUUUGGAUAAACUAGGGAAGAUCCCUGGCAUGAUGGGUGAAGAGAAAGAUCCUGAAGAGUUUCUGAGCACCUUACUGGGACAAAUAAUGAGGGCUGAUCCACUGCUGCAUCUCAGCUCGGGGGAGAAGACCAACUUCUACCAGCUAUUUAUGGAGAAGGACGACAUGUUACUGCUCCCCACCACCCAGAAGUUGGUGGAGCUGUCCUUCCACCAGAGCGAUGUCAAACUGAAAGAGGUCCCAUCAUGUUUCAUCAUCCAGAUGCCAAGGUUUGGAAAAGACUACAAGAUGUUCCGGCGGAUUAUUCCCAGCUUAGAACUAGACAUUACAGACAUCCUAGAAGAAGGAGCUAGGGAGUGCAUCGUUUGUGGCAACCUGGCCACACAUGAGUGUAAGGACUGCUACCAACUGCAAAAAACAAUGUUGAGUGCCACAGCCUUCUGUCAAAACUGUUGUUCAAUGAGCCAUCAGCACAAGACGCGGGAAGGGCCACGUGCCGACUCCCAUCAAAGUGUCAGAGAGUCUAAAGAAACACCUGGCCUCCUGCAGCGAAGUGGAUCUUAGUUCCCACCGAGAGAAGAUGGAGCUGUUUGCUGUUGUGUGUAUCCAGACCAGUCAUUAUGUGUCCUUCGUCAAGUGUGGCACGGGGGAUGAAGCUCAAUGGGUCUUCUUUGAUUCAAUGGCAGAUAGAAUG